AUAAGAUUCUAGAGUAAAAAUAUAUAACGUUGAUAAAUAUUUAUUUUAACAGAAUAUAAGAAUUAUGGCUAAAUAUUACACUCGCACUACUCUGAAAAGAAUGUCUCAAUUAUUGGAUCUGAACGAAAAGGACACAGAAGAAGUUUUGUCUAAUCUGGUAGUCAAUAAAACCGUGUGGGCCAAAGUAGAUCGUUUGGCAGGAAUUAUCUGCUUCUCUCAGCAGAAGGAUCCAAAUGAAGUUUUGAAUGAUUGGUUCCAUAACAUCAAUACGCUGAUGCAAUUAGUUAGUAAAACUACACACUUGAUUAACAAAGAAGAAAUGAUACAUAGACAUUUACAUCCAGAAACUUAAUUAUACUGCAAAUUUUCGUAUUUUUAUGAAAAUUAACAUGUAAAUAUUGCUUAAAUAUUUCAUUGACAUUUGAACUAUAUAAUUAAUAUUAAACAUUAUUGUUUUAUUCCAAGUGUUGUAAUUUCCUUUUG